UUGAUGCUAUGGGGAGUGUUUAGAGAAGAACCUGUCCGUCUUGUUCCAUUCCCCAUCCACUUUCCAGUCAGAGAAGAGGAGCUUCUCACUUCAGCCAGAGAGACUCAGCAUUCGCAUACAUUGAUGGCAGCAGCAGUACAGGUCUGUGCUUGCUUCCUCCUCGUGGGGCUUCUUAUAGAGGCAAGUGGAAAGACUCCAGAUGUGCAGAUAACCUGUCUAUUCUCUGAGAACUGCGUCCUGCCCUGUAGCUUUAUACCCACUGGCGGUGAGGAGAUCCAGUGGUUCAGGCAAGAUGUUCUUGUCUACAGCCAUCCACAGAGUAGUGACCAGCCCAGUGAGCAGUUUGAGGGCAGGGCAUCAAUGUCCAUCCAGCAGCUUGCCCUUGGCAAUGCCUCUGUCCUCCUGCAGCGCUGUGGGCCGCAGGACAGGGGGCGCUACAGGUGCCGAGUGGUCAAGGGCAAAGAGAAGAAUGAGUCCUUUGUCAUAGUGAAAGUGGAAGCCCCUAUCCACUCAGUAAAUAUAGACAUCACUCGUCUAAGUGGCUUUGAGGAGGUAAAGUGCUCCACUCAGGACGUCUACCCUGCUCCUCGUGUGUCAUGGUCUACUGAACCACCCACACCUUCAGACAAACUGACACCCAACACCCGCAUAAUGGCCAACGAACAGGGCCUCUACGCAGUGGAGAGUAAACUGAAGAGACUGAAAAAUCACUCCGACUUCACCUACAUCUGCACCAUUAACUCAUCUUACUCUGCUCAGACCUGGAGAACAUCACUGAAGGAGACAGUCAUCAACAAAGUUAUCCUCACAUCGAAAUCACACUCAUUCUUUGAGUGGGCAGAAAUCAGCUCUGCUGAGGGUAAGGACCUCACCAUUCCUUGCAAGGCACCAUGGGUCAUGCAAAACUUCACAAUGACCUGGACCUUCAAACUGUCCAGAGCAAAUGAGCCCACUGUCAUCUGCACUUACGACAGCAAGACACAGCUCAUGUCCAACCAGUGGGAAGGCAGGGCCUGGGUGGAUGCAAGGACGGUGCAAACGGGGACUGCAUCCCUACGGCUCCUCAACCCUCAGAGUGUGGAGCACACAGGCACGUACACCUGCAUCAUCACAGGCCUGCAGAGGAGACACGAAGGACAGACGGCGGUCAACAUCACUUCACCUGCACGUGAAAGUGAGAGGAUGGAGGUGAAAAUGGAGAGCUCUACACUGUGGUGGGUUCCUGCUGUCGUAAUCGUCAUACUUGCUAUCACUGCAGCAUUUAUAGUAGGAAUACUGAAACUAAAAGAUGACUGUUCACAUUCAAAUAACGCUCGAGAGGCCAGAGAUUCACGUCAGGUUGGAGUGACUGUUACAGACAGUGAAGCUAUAUCUGAAGGCAGCCAUUUAAGAGCUGAUCCAACCAAUGAGCAAGAAAUGAAAGAUGUGCACUGAAGAAGCGCUGUGGUUAAACCAUCCUCCAUCUCCAACCACCAUGGACUGUCACCUUCUAAAGGCAAACAACUGAUGAAAGACAAUCUCAGUUUCUCUCAACACUCAAUUUCAUGUGCACAGGCUUCUCUUUUCACAUUUUAUCUUGGGAUUUCGGCCUUUCUUCAAACUUGGAUGGACAUUAUAAGCGCCAUAAUGACCACCUGUUAUCAUUAAAAAGGACAUAUAGUGACCUUAAUGUAAAGAACUGCUCCUAUGAAACAUCAAAAGCUGUUUGACUGCUAAUGACUUCCUCUUGUGGAGAAUUUUUAGCCUGCUAAAUGUGAGUGAGUGAGUGAAUGAGGGAGUUACAAGCAUAGUCAAUGACUUUUAAGAUGCAUUAUAACACAUCUAAAAUAUCCACAGAGCAAAAUCUUAGUAAAUCAGUGGCAACAUUUCACAAAAAAAACUAGCUUAUAGCAGAGUGACAUCACAAAUGCUAAAAACAUUCUUCGACAAUUUUAUCAUUAUUGUGAUAAAUGAUGUUACAAUAUGCAUUUCUAAGUAUAUCAUGGAUAAUACCAGAAAAUAAUAAACACAAACCAACUGCAUGUGUCAUUACAAAGAGUGCAUAAUUAGUGCUGUUUAAUUGGAUUUAGAGCAGGGGGCGCUGAGAUGAGGCCUUUUCAAACAUGAGGUGCGCCAUGUCAGUAAACACAAGACAGCAAUUUAAGAUAAUAUGAAAGACAGAUGUCCCAUAAACUCUGAACUGACCGCUCUCCGACUCUCAGCUCUCAGAGCGCUGCAGCUCUCCACUCAUUCUCCUGUUUCUAAAAGACAUUAACCUAGAAAAAAACCACAGACAUUAAUGUUGAUGACCCUCUAGAAUCGCCCGUCACUGAUUAACAAGGCCAUCAUUAGAGGACUGAAAAGUGGUGAUGAUUCUAGGGGUUCAAAGUUUGAGGGGGGCUCACAGUAGGAUGUGUGCAUUAACUUGUAUGAAUGUAUGAUGUAUGAAUGAAUGUAUGCUAUAGAUAAUAUAAAGUAUAAUGUAUGAGUGAAUGUAUAAUACAAUAAAGUUACCGUAAUAAACCCAUAAAUCAUGUAAUGUCACUGAAAGUAGUUUCAGUUUCUUAUACAUGAGCUCCUUCUCGCCUCUAAAAAAAAAAAAAAUUCAGUCCUAGGCCGGAAGUUCUCAUGAAUUUCAAAAGCGUUUAUAACAGGGGUCAUCAAAUAGAUCUGACAUGGGGCCAAACUUCAUUUUCACAUGGCAUCAGAGUGAAAAUCUGAUGAAUGAAUGCCUACGUGCUGAUCAUAAAAACCUGUCUUACUGUACUGAAUAAGAUCACAGAAGAGCUUGUCUGAUUUCUCUUGUACUUUUGUAUAGCUCCCUUGGUCGACACAAAUUUUAUGUCAAAUUUCAAUAUUAAAUCUUAAAAUAAUUAUUUUUUAUAUUUGUGAAAAUAAAGCGGUAUUUUUAA